AUGUCUAUUUUCUUAUUGUUGUUUAAGGCUACCCCAUCCUAUGCGCGACAUCGUCGAGGUCGCUCGGAUCAGUCGACGUUAAUCCAUGUAAAUGGAGUCCCAAGUACAUCCAUCUCGGAAGAAUUAUCUCCGGCUGCUAGCAUGAGAAACAUUCGCUCACAUUCUGAAAUUACAUGUACCCAGAAUACAUCCAGGGAGAUCCCGCCCCUUCCUCUCAGCCCUGAAGCGAAUGAAAUGCCUGCCAAUGUGCUUGAUUAUAUAGAUCACUCGUUGAGGCCACCAGAUCCAAUUAUUGGCGAUGAAGCAUCCGAACAGAUUUACAAUGAACAUAUUGCCGCAUGCCAUGAGCUUUACGACCAUGAUCUGAGUUUCCAACGAGCUCUUGCAGAUAAGCAUAACGCUAUAGUGAAUCUGGCUCAAAUGGACGAUUAUCGGAAACUGUUGGAGAGGAAGGUGUGUUCGAAUUAGAG